AUGGCAUCAGAGGUGUUCUGUAAAAUGGGAGAUGGGGAGGAGAACAUGAUGAAAAAGGAAACUCUCAUUUUGGAUCAAACGUCGAAGCCCUUUCUCAACCCCAAGUCUAUGAACAGGAUGGUUGCCACCAAAGGACUCCCUCUUUCCUCAAGGGGCAGCUUGCUUAGCUUCAUGGAGGAAGAUGCCAUCGACCUUCCCAAUCUACCGAAGGCGAUGCCAGGGGAGGAAUCUGAAUGCAGCUCCGACGACACCAGCAUCUCCCCCAUCUCGUCAAUCUUGCUGAAUCCCAUCAAACUGGCCGUGACCCAGCCCAACAGCAGCUUCUUUGCAGGGUUGCUGGAAGGCGAGCUGAACAAGCUCAGCAUCACCUCGGUGGCCAAGAAUACGAACAAGGAGGACCUGGCCCUCUGCCCCCAUCGACCUCCAUCCCAAAUAGCCCCCGCGGGCCUGUUGGACCUGGACAACCCUGAGCUGGACACAGACACCUCCUCAACCUCCUCCAAGUCCUCCGUGGUCACGGACGUGCCAGAGGCUCCCUUCAUCUGUGAACACACAGUCAGCGAUUACACGGCCGUGAUCUCCUGGACCUACGCCCUGAGCAGGCAGCCGGUCAGUUUCUACCAGGUCCUGCUGCAGGAGAUGGCCAAGAAAAACGACAAGGCCCCCAAGACCAAGAAUUGCCCGUGGAUCUUCCACAAGAUCUUGGGGACCACCGUCAAGCUGAUGGAGCUGAAGCCCAACACAAGCUACUGCCUCAUCGUCCGGGCCAUCAACACCGCGGGGGCGGGGAAGUGGUGCAAGCCCUACAAAUUUGCGACCUUGGCCAAUGACCUGACCAGCUUCCCCGAGAACAACCCCAUCCAGAUCACCGUGCGGCGCAAGGAAUCGCAGAGGAAAACGGUGACCAUGAGGCAGGCCGAGAUGCGGAGGAUGGAAGAUCUGGAGAAUGUAUUUCCCUACUGA